AUGCCGCGCCUUUCGACGGCGAUCUCCGAGAGCGAUGCACCGACGCGUGCGCCAUCGACACCACCUGCGCGAAAAGAGACGAAGCCGAUUCAAACAGAUCUCGACCGCGGAGAAAAGAACUUCCACAGAUUGUAUACUACCGACGAGGAUGACGACCAACCCACCAAGUGGGAGUUUAAAAACUCAAAGCACGAGUUCGCACCUCACAUAGACACCGGCUUCAACAGAGACGGUACCAUCAAGGUUCCAGACUUUGACCCCGAGGUCCAGUGUCCCGGAUUCAAUCCGCACGAUCAGCUGUUUCGUUGGCCCGACGGCGAGCUCCGAAAGGAGUACCCACCGAGGAACCCGUACGUCGUGGCCCGAAGAAGCGCGGUGGAAAAGGUCGUGAGAUGGUGUCGAUUUAACGACCCGAGGUAUAAAGAAAGUGAACAUUUCAGGCACCGAUACAACGUGGGCGUGCUUUGGUGCGCGCACGCGCGUUACCUCACGGAUAAACUUGGAAUCCAUCCGGAAACGAACGACGAGGGUGCGUAUUACGGAUACGACGAAAAGUAUAACGAUCCCAUUUUGGCGGAAAAGGACGAGCGUCCACACCCCGUGCUCAAGGCUUUCGAACGAUGCGGGCUCAGUUACGAAAAAUUAGUCGAUGAGGACAUGCGUCUGUACAAAGAAAUGCUCACCAAAAGGUUUGAGGCGGUGCAGCGAGGAGAGGCAGACCGAUCGCAGCUUAUUAAUUUACUACCUCAUGGCGAUCCGAGUCGGGUCGUGAGUUGGAGAGGCGAAAUUGGCGUGCCGGAUCCGGCACCAAAUGCCCGAACGCGCACUGGUCUCGACGAAGUCGAAUGA